UGUUAAAGAAACAGACGCAGGUCUGUAUUGUACGUGGCGUGGGGUCGGGUCGGGGCGUGGCGUGUGAUUCCACGCGUGAACACCUUGGAGCGCUGGGCCGGUGCCGGCUCCUCCACAGGCGGCCAAAGCAGCCCAGCGAGUCCGCCCGGUGUGCCAGCCACCCACCCAGUCGUCAUCGCCGGCUUUGGUGGCCGCUUGACGGGAAUGGAGGCGCAGGCAGCGACGAUUACCAAGUGGCCCCGCGUGUGAGCUUCAAUUAGCCGGUUGUCGUGGGCUGUCUCUAGAAAGAAGUGUGGCUCGACUUGAGCUGCGCUUCCGGCCAGCAGAAACGUCUUCGCUGCCUGGCGGUCAAUGUGACGCAGGCCGGCGACGCCGCCGACAACAGCAGCGGCAAUAGCAGCGCGUCCGGGUUCGGGAUGGCUCUGGACCGGGGCGAGUACGACUUCUACAUCGGCCUGGCCCUGGCCGUCAGCUCCAGCGUCUUCAUCGGGGGGAGCUUCAUCCUCAAGAAGAAAGGCCUGCUGCGGCUGGCCAGGAAGGGAUCCAUGCGAGCGGGUCAGGGCGGUCACGCGUAUCUCAAGGAGUGGCUUUGGUGGGCUGGCUUACUUUCAAUGGGUGCCGGUGAGGCAGCCAACUUCGCAGCCUACGCCUUCGCCCCCGCCACUCUGGUCACGCCCCUGGGCGCCCUCAGCGUGCUGGUCAGCGCGGUGCUGUCGUCGUACUUCCUGAGCGAGCGCUUGAACCUUCACGGUAAGCUGGGCUGCCUGCUGAGCGUGCUGGGCUCCACCAGCAUGGUCAUCCACGCCCCCAAAGAGGAGGAGAUCAGCAGCCUGGAGGACAUGGCGCAAAAGCUGGUCGACCCAGGCUUCUUCAUCUUCGCCAUGGCGGUGGUGACGGUGGUCCUGGUGUUGAUCCUGGCGGUGGCCCCCCGCCACGGGCAGACCAACAUCCUGGUGUACAUCGGCAUCUGCUCCCUCAUCGGCUCCCUGUCCGUGUCGUGCGUCAAGGGCCUGGGCAUCGCCAUCAAGGAGGCGGUGGGGGGCACCAACGUGGCGCGCUCCCCCCUGGCCUGGCUCCUCCUGCUGGGCCUGGUGGCCUGCGUCAGCACGCAGAUCAACUUCCUCAACAAGGCGCUGGACAUCUUCAACACGUCCCUGGUGACGCCCGUCUACUACGUGUUCUUCACCACGUCGGUGCUCACCUGCUCCGCCGUCCUCUUCAAGGAGUGGCAGCACAUGGGGGCGGCCGACGUCAUCGGCACGCUGACCGGCUUCCUCACAAUCGUGGCGGGCAUCUUCUUGCUGCACGCCUUCAAGGACGUCAGCGUCAGUUUGGCCGCGCUCGCCGCCACCGCCGUGCGCAAGGACCAAAGGAACGCCAACGGCGCGUACCCCGACGCCAACGGGACUUACCAACUCCUCCGCAGCGACGACGGCGGCGAGGAGCGCGACGUGCCGUUCGACGCCGUCUCCAGGCGCAACGGGAGCCUGGCGUCGUAAGGACGCCAAAAUGGAGACAAUCGGGACCAAUGGAUUGUACUCGUUUUCCUUUGCCUUACUUCCACGUUUUCUCCUCUUCUCACUUUUCCGUUCAGUUGUAGCACUGGAAAAAAAGGCUGUUGGGAAUCACUCGCUAUGAAGGAACAUCGAGAACGGUUAAAGCAAAAAAUAUAUACACACAUCUCCUGAAACUAUCGGCUUAUAUUGUUAUUCACAAUUGCCCCUGCGUGGGGGGGGACAAGCUCGCUGCAAAAUGAUCCAUUUCUCACGUUAAGCGAUUCAUGUACUUGACUAAAAUGAACGUUCUAUUUUUGUUCCAUGAGAUGCUGACACCCUAAACUCCCAAAUACAGCAGUGCCUUGAGAUAAGACUUCGAUUCAUUCUGUGACCAAGUUUGUAUCACAAAUCAACUUUCCUGAAAUGAGUGGAGUUGCAAUUUAUUGGUUGCAGUGUCCCAAUAAAAUGCCAACAAAUUUUUGAAA